GGCAAGCUUACGAACCUCAUACGUAACUACAAGUUCUAUUUUUGUUUGAAUUUUGUUUAUUUUUAUUUUAUUUUUUGUAUUUCUUCAGCUAUCUGCUACACGCAUUCGCAAACCCGCGCAUCGCCCAGUUCCCUCUGCAUUCACGAAAAUGGCGGCACCUUUCGACCAGAGGAUAGCUGUGCCUAUCGAUGACCCCAAUGCGGAUACAGAAUGGAAUGAAAUUUUAAGAAAACACAAAAUUAUUCCGGAAAAGGAGCCCGACCCAAAUCCUAUGAUCGAGGAAGCAAUACAGGCAGCUAGGCAAAUCGCUCAUGAAAAUCGCCUUGAAGGCAAGGAUAUCGACGAGCUGAAGGAACUGGAGGAUGAGGAAGACGAGGCAUUCAUGGAGCACUACUUGCAGAAGCGAAUGCAGGAGCUCAAAGCUUUGUCGCAAAAGGCCGUUCACGGGAGCGUCUAUCCGAUAUCGAAGCCCGAAUAUCAAAGAGAGGUGACUGAUGCCUCCAAAGACAACAAAACGGUCAUGGUCAACCUGGUGUCAUCGCUCGGGGCGAACGUCGAGUCGCGUGUGCUAUCUGAUCUAUGGAGACAGGCUGCCAAGGAAUACGGAGACAUCAAGUUCUGCGAGAUGCGGGCGGACCAGGCAAUCGAGGGGUAUCCGGACAAGAACUGCCCUACGAUACUGGUCUACCGAAACGGUGACAUAGUAAAACAGAUCGUAACGCUCAUGACGGUCGGCGGACCACGCAUGAGCAUGCUGGACCUGGAUAAUAUACUGGUCGAGGUUGGGGCGGUUCCGGACACAGACAUGCGCGUGCUCCAGAGGCGACGACGGGCGGAAGAUGCAGAGGAGGAAAGGUUAGCUGCCGGCGAAAGAAACAUCAAAAGCUCCUCCAGGCCGACGGUCAACGAUGAUGACGAUGAUGACUGGGACUGAUGGAAGGCGAGAUUAGUGAUGGAGAAUUGCAACAAGACAAGAAAAUGCUGCAAGGAGGAGGCUGGACUAAACAAUGACAACCAAUCCUCCUAACGCGUAUUGCGCUGUCACGCCUAACGUGAAGUAGGUCGUGCGAAUGGUAGCGCAAUUUGAUGCGUAAGGUACGGUAGUUUCGGC